ACUCUAUUCUUAUCACGCAGUCGAUUAUAGUUAAAAAAAAAAAACUAUCUGCAAUGAGCUCUUCAAAUUUAUCCCCAACGGUCGUUGAAGACUUGUGUGAAAGAUAUUCGAAUCAAAAGAUUGAUUAUGGCGUUGAACUUCUCAGUUAUUCGCUCAAGAGUGCAAGUGACUCUCCAGCAGGGUUUCUCGGUCGUCAUGAGGUUUUAUCGGUGAUUAUUCAAACCAAUCCAUCUGAAGUCCCACAGGAAUUGACAUUUUUUAUAAAAACAGCUCCAAGUGACAUAGCCUCCCGGCAGAGGUACCUUGAAGAGUUUGGUGUUUUCAAAAAAGAAGUCUCUGUCUAUAGGAACUUACUUCCCAAGUUACAAGAGAGACAGUCAGAUUUUUCUGCUCGAUGCUAUUACGCCAAAGAUGAUAUACUAGUUUUUGAACAUUUGGGAGAAAUGGGAUUCCGAAUGGGAGCUGAACGAUCAGGAUUAUUAGACUUUGAACACUUGAAAUGUGCCUUAAGUUCUUUGGCAAGCUUGCAUGCUGCAUCGAUUAUAUUUGAGACGAGUAGUCAACAGAAAAUUUCAGAAUUAUAUCCAGAAAUUGUAGAGGAGAAUGCUUAUCCAUCCCAGUCAAAUUGUGUUCGACGUGAGAAUUUUGAUAAUGCUGUUGUAGCUCUCUGUGAAAUAAUUAAAAUCAUGCCCGAGUUUAAGGACUCCAAUCGUUUGGAAUACAUUCUGCAGCAGUUUCCUCGAGAAAUGAAGAAAGUUUUUGAUUUUGUAAUACCAACUAAAAAAUAUUUAAAUGUAUUUAGUCACGGUGACUUAUGGGCAAAUAAUUUGUUGUUUAAGUAUGAAAAUGAUCAUCCUGUUCAAAGUAGGAUUGUUGACUUUCAACUCGCAAGAUAUGCUCCACCCAUUUUGGAUGUGAUAACAUUGCUAACAAUUCCGACGAGCCAGAAAUUCCGUUCGGAACACUUGGAUUCACUUUUGGUCAGCUACUAUUCAAUGUUGGGAUAUUUUCUGAAACAACAUGGAUUGGAAAUUAAUGACAUUUUACCAAUGGAACAGUUUGAAGAUAGUAUACGAGAGUUUAAAAUAUUUGGUCUUAUUGAGAGUUGUUUAUUUUCUCAUUUGACCAUUUUGCCAACUGAUUUAACUAAAAGUUUGACUUCAGAUGAGGGUUUUGAAGAUUUUUUCAAAAAUAAACGAAACGAAAUUUGUUUGUUAGCAUUUAAUACUGAUUUGGUGUAUAGAAGUAGGCUAUCUGAUAUGAUAUGUGAUAUUGUAAAUAGUUACAUUUUAAAAUAGUAAAGUAAGCAAAAAGUAAGUAAGAGUAAGAAAGAAUAAAUAAUAAUAAUCAAUAUUUGUAUACAAAACUA